UGAUUUCCAACAGGCCUGAUGCUGCUCUGCUGUCACACUCAUAUCAGUCAAUCACUCGGAGUUUGUCCUCAGAAGCCGAAUUGAUUAUUAAGGACGUGUGUAUUUGGAAAGAAAGCACAACAUCAGGAUGGUGAAUGAGGGUGCUGGCACCCCACGCAAUCGUAGGGGGUCCCAUAAGGUUGUUCCGUCAUCAGACCAGGAUGGGACAGGAGCCGAAAGAGCCACAGGAGAGGUGCCCUGCCCAAGUAAUGGAACAGUGGAAGUGGAGCACAUUAUCAGCGCAAAACUACAGCUGAAGAAGAAAGCUGAGCAUUUGAAAGCAGACCUGAUGAGGCAGUUUGACACUCAAGUGAAUGAGUUCAUGGACAGCCUGAUAGAGGAGUCUGCCAGUCUGGGUUCCUCCCAUGUGAGCACAGUCUUUCAGUCUCUCUCAGAUAAGGAGAAAAGCAAACUCAGGCAUACACAACCCUCCCAAGCCCAAAGCAAGCAGUUUGUGACUCGUCGAUCCCUGUUAGAUGAUCUCUUUGAGGUGAACCACAUCCGCACCAUCUAUCACAUGUUCAUCGCUCUCCUCAUCCUCUUCAUCUUCAGCACACUCGUCGUGGACUUCAUCGAUGAGGGCAGACUGGUGCUUGAGUUCGACCUGUUGGUUUACGCGUUUGGCCAGUUCCCCCUAGUGGUUGUCACGUGGAUGUGUAUGUUCCUGUCCUCUCUUGUGGUUCCAUAUGUACUGCUCAGUGUCUGGGCCAGCGUCUACCCCACGUCAAACUAUCGGGCCUUAUGGACAGCGCUGGCCGGUUCUCUGUUGCUGCUGUACCAGGGGCUGUGUUUGGGUUUCCUGCCCACAUAUGUGGUGCUGAAGAACGGCCUUCCCCCUGCUUCAUGCUUCAUACUUAUUCUAGAACAGGUGCGGCUGAUGAUGAAAACUCACUCUUUCAUCAGGGAAAAUGUGCCGAGAGUACAAUCCUUAGAACCAAACAAAACGAGUUCAGUAGCUGUCCCUCAGUUCACCCAGUACAUUUACUUUCUCUUUGCACCCACCCUAAUAUACAGAGACAAUUAUCCACGAAAUCCUUGUAUUCGGUGGGGUUAUGUGGCUACAAAGUUUUCACAGGUGCUGGGGAGUUUGUUUUAUGCGUAUUACAUAUUUGUGCGGCUGUGUAUCCCUCAGUUCCGCAGUAUCAGUAUGCAGCUCUUUGACCUGAGGGCCAUGGUGUUGUGUGUCUUCAACUCUAUACUGCCAGGAGUGCUGGUGCUUUUCUUGGCGUUCUUUGCCUUUCUGCAUUGCUGGCUUAACGCAUUUGCUGAAAUGCUACGAUUUGGAGACAGAAUGUUUUAUAAGGACUGGUGGAACUCCACUUCAUUUGCUAACUAUUACCGCACAUGGAAUGUUGUUGUACACGAUUGGCUUUAUUAUUAUGUCUACAGGGACUUCUUGUGGCUGACACAGAAGCGGUUCCGUGCGGCGGCCAUGUUAGUUGUGUUUACUGUGUCUGCUGUGGUGCACGAGUAUGUUCUGGCCAUCUGCUUUGGCUUCUUCUACCCCGUCCUGUUCUGCCUCUUCAUGUGCUUUGGAAUGGUGUUUAACUUCGUUCUUCAUGACCGAAGAAAAGGGCCCAUCUGGAACGUGAUCAUGUGGACUUCGCUGUUCUUGGGACAGGGGGUUCUCAUCUGCCUGUACUCUCAGGAGUGGUACGCUCGGCGCUACUGCUCCGUUGAAGAGCCCUCUUUCAUAGACUUGCUGAAGCCUCGAUCUUGGACUUGUUAUCCACAGACUAACACUGCUGUGGACGCUCGCUAAGCCACACCUCCAGCUGCCACAUGAAUGCCAUUCAUACUGGAGGGAAAUCAGAGGAGGGACUUUAGCAUUCUAUAGGUAUUGCACUAUGACCAAACGAAGUGAAAAGUGAAAAUCUUACUCUAUAUUCAUUUCGUUUCACAAAGAGGCCUUGAAUAUUUAAUUUGUUGAGAUCUUAAUAUUUAUGAUAACAUCUGUAACAGAAUGUAGAAUAUUUAUAAUGUGCAGUACAAAUAUUUCCUUUCAAGUUUUCUAAGCGACAGUCUUGUUAGCAUUUGACAAUCUAUAUUAGGUUAUGUCUGAUCUGGCUAAAGAGAUUCUAUUUUUAGAAGCCUUUGUGACUUCAUAAAGUUGAGAUCCGAUUAGAAAUGUGUUUUGUGUUCUGCC